GCGAAGGCACCUGGGAAAUGGAGUUCCCAGGUAGACAGCCCGGGGGUAGUUUGGAGGUCGCUGCGCUUGCUCGGGAGCCCGGCCUCCAGGAAGAGGAUGCGUGCGCAGCGUCUCCGGCGCCAGAGGAAGUUUCCUUGGGGCAAUGAGAAGCAUGAUCUCCUUCUGUCCACACUGUGGCCGAAAUAUUGAAGCAGCUUUCAAAUUCUGCCCCUACUGUGGAAAACCUUUGCCUACUGAGGAGCAUGCAGCAUCCCAGACCUCUGCCAAGCCACUUGAGUUGUCCUUCCGAGGCUCAAGGAGAGAACUGAGUUCCAGUUCUGAAAUUCCUCCCAAGAAAGUAAAGUGGUCAAGCACUGCCACCUCUCCCAAAUCAUCCGUUCUCGUGGAUGGUGACAACACUGAGUCUGAAGAUACCUUGAAUUCCCCUGAGAGACCCAAAGACCAUCCUCUUGCAGGGGCCUGCAGAAGACUCCCGACCCCCAAAAGCAGCCCACAGUCUACCAGGCAAAGCCCUCAGACCCUGAGGCGAAGCCGGGUGACCACCUCACUUGAGGCUUUGCCCCCGGGGACAGAGCUGACGGACAAGAAUGGGCAGCACUGGAAGCUGGGGACCCUCCAGACGAGGAAUGACCAGGGCAUUCUCUAUGAAGCUGAGCCUACCUCUGCCCUUGCCUGUGGGUCAAAGCCCUGUAAAAACAGAUUCUCACUCAAACUGGAUGCCAAGGAUGGGCGCCUGUUCAAUGAGCAGAACUUCUUCCAACGGGCCGCCAAGCCUCUGCAAGUGAACAAGUGGAAGAAGCUGCACUCAGCGCCCCUCCUGGCUAUCCCGACCUGUGUUGGUUUUGGCGUUCACCAGGACAAGUACAGGUUCUUGGUGUUCCCCAGACUGGGAAGGAGCCUUCAGUCAGCCCUGGAUGAGAACCCGAAGCAUGUGAUUUCAGAGAAGUGUGUGCUCCAGGUGGCCUGCCGGCUGCUGGAUGCACUGGAGUUUCUCCAUGAAAAUGAGUAUGUUCAUGGAAAUCUGACUGCCGAGAAUAUCUUUGUGAAUCCAGAAGAUCUAAGCCAGGUGACUCUGGUGGGCUACGGCUUUGCCUUCCGCUACUGCCCAAGUGGCAAACAUGUGGCCUACUCAGAAGGCAGCAGGAGCCCACAUGAUGGGGACCUUGAGUUCAUCAGCGUGGACCUACAUAAGGGAUGCGGGCCCUCCCGCCGCAGUGACCUCCAGUCCCUGGGGUACUGUAUGCUGAAGUGGCUCUACGGACUCCUGCCAUGGACAAACUGCCUUCCCAACACCGAGGCUAUCAUGAAGCAGAAACAGAAGUAUCUUGACCACCCAGAGCUCCUCAUGGGACUGCAGCAUUCCUGGAUCAAGCCCUCAGGCUCAUAUCAUGACCAAGCUUCUCAAGCUGCACUUCCGUCCAGUUCACCCUCCAUAGAAGGUGAGCCUGUGGUUAGUGAAUUGCCACUGGGAGAUUUUAUACAAUCAACCAGAAGGCGGGGCUGGGGCAGGAUCACCUGAGACAGGGUCAUCCUUCAGGAGUUGGGCGCACCAGCCUGAGGACCUCCAACAGAAAAAUGUGCCCUCUCUGAGCUUCAGCUUCCCAGUGUGUAAAAUGGAGCCAACAGAGCACCCACCUCUAGGUGGCUAGGCAUAGUCAAUGCAGAGCCCUCUACACAGAACUGUACUCCAGCAGCUGCCUCAGCCCCUCAUUAGUGCAGUGUAGAUCCUGGCUAGAGGAAGACACUGCCAAGUAGGGACUGUUGUCACCACUGUUACUACCAUCUUAAUGCUAAUUUUUUUUAAAGUACAAUCCUGGUUUUGUGCUUCUUUCUGGGGAAAUAAAGAGAGAGCCUUUCUCUUUUAAAGUAGGUGUUAAUAAAUCAUGUUGCUUGUGCUGCCAGUGAAUUAAGAAUUGCUUUGCAUUUGUACAUGGUUGAAAAACGGAAAGAAGAGCAUUUCAUGGCCCUACAGUUCAAGCUGCAGCAACCAUGAAUGCAGCAAGCCGUGCUCAUGUUUCCUUUAGGUCUGUGGCUGUUCUUGGGCCACAGCAGAGUCACAGACCAAAACAUUCACUGUCUGGCAUUUUGCAGGAAGAGUUGCCCCCAGUUUAGAAAUAUGCACUAAAUAUUUGUAUCAGGUAAAAUGGCAUUGUUAGCAAGGAUUCUCUUUAAAACAAAACAGAAUGGAGAAGGGGUUGGGGGUUUUGGUGACAUGAGGCUGGUUGAUAGGUACUAGAGUGGCCAUGGUGUCCUCUACUGGUGCCUGCCUUGGCCAUUAUUUCUGCACUGAAAAAAUGUAAGUGCCUCUGGCAGUGCCAGAACAAAGGAAGGAUGAACAGAUGGGCAUGUCGGUGACAUCCCAGGGACCCUGUGGUAUCCCUGCUUUUCUGCCUCUGGGCACAGCCACAGGCCCUGGGUUGGGGACGCCUCUCAGGCCUCUCCUGUGCUGGGGG